AUGUCCGAAGCGAAGUUCAUGAAAGAGACACUUUCGGUUAAUAACUUAAUAAACUCCCUGCAACUGUCAAUCGAAACAGGUACGAAUCCAGCUGCUGAUUGUUUAAAGAUAAAUGUGUUGGAUACGAUUCCGCAAGCUUCAUGCCACAAGACAGAUCAUCUAAAUAGAGUCAUUGAGAAGGACGGAGAACAUUUCAAAGAAAAGAAGAAAGAACAAACAAGUGUGGAUCCCGAUGUAAACGGUGGGUAUGCUUACGUAGUUCUCUUGUCUGCUGUAUUGCUCAACUUCUGCUCUUGGGGUAACAACUCGGGGUUUGGUAUCUAUUUUGCCUACUACUCUACAAACGAUGUGUUUCCCAAUGCAGAUAAGAUGGACUUCGCUGCUAUUGGUGGACUCUGUUUUGGAUCGGCGAUAUUGUUUGGUCCCGUAAUCAACUAUAUCAAUGGUUUGAUAGGUAUCAAGAAGACACUUAUGGUUGGUAAUAUCGUCCAGUUCGUUUCCUUGCUUCUCAGCAGUUUCGAUUCUACCCAUAGAUUAUGGCAGUUGUAUUUGACACAGGCUAUGAUGCAGUCCGUUGGGGCAGCGUUCAUUGGCUUGCCUACUUUCACGGUGUUACCACUUUGGUUCACUAACAAACCAAUUCAAGGAAAAUACAGAAUAAAAGACAGAAUGCUUACUCUUUCGCAAGGAGUAGCAACAGCAGGAACUGGUUUCGGAGGAUUAGUUUUCAACUUGGCCAUGCAGAAAGUUCUUGGAAAGUAUGGGUUCAGAUGGGCUUUGAGAGUUGAAGGGUUUAUUUCCUUGGUUGCUUGUACUUUAGCUAUCUUGAUGUUAAAGGACAAGAAAAUGGCUAAAAAGGUCGAAUUCACAAUCUUUGACAGGAGCGUCUUCUUUCUGCCAGGAUUCCCAUUCUAUGUUGGUUUCAUCUUCUUCGGGUUGCUUGGAUACGUUGUCACCUUGUACAGUCUUGCCAACUGGGUCAUAGCUUUGGGCUACACUCCUCAACAGGGCUCAAUAGUUUCAGCGAUGACUUCUGUAGGCAUUAUCGUUGGAAGACCCAUAAUAGGAUUGAUUUGUGACAGAUUUGGAGCUGUUACGGUCUCGAUCGUAGUAUAUUUUGUUAUGGCAACUUUCGCUCUUGCCAUGUGGAUUCCCUCCAGAAGCUACGCUGAAGCGCUAGUUUUCGCAUUCAUUAAUGGCGUUUUGUCUGGAACCUUUUUUGUGACAGUUCCAACGAUAACCAUGCAGACUAUCGGGCUUAGGUUCAACAAGCUCAAUGUUACGUUUUCCAUGGGAUUCAUAGCAGUAGGUGUUUCUGGAAUCUUGUCGCCAAUUAUUGGGAUUGCCCUAAGGAAGCUGGUCAUGUCACCUACUCAGUUUGAGUACUGUUCCAUUUUCGUGGGUGGUUCGUACAUAGUCACCGCUGUGAUUUUGGCAUUGAUGAGAGGGUAUUUGAUUUCGGUCCGGGAACUCGCCGAACCAGGAAUGUCAGACAAGGAGUUCUUUGGAAUUCGUCCCAAGUUUGUCCGAUACUUGAGAAAUGCUUUCAGAAUCCAAUCAGAACCAGUAUAGCUUGUAACUUUUUAUUUGUAUGUAUCAAUAUCACGAGAAUAACAACUACUUCCUGUU